AUACAAGUGACGAUUUCAUAAUAUUUAAUUACAUUCAACGAAUAAGAUGACGAAAAUUUUUAUUUGCACCGAAUAUUGUUUUCAUUAAGCCGAUGUUAUUAAAGUAUGUGUGAUAAUGCGUAAACUAAGUUAUCGAUAAGAAAUACUAUUGUUGUAAAAUAUUUCCGCCAAAGUCAUUGAUAAAAUGCAUUUAAAGAUAAAUGAAUGGUUGUUAAUUAUUAAAACUUGUGCCUUUUUGCCGGGGUUAUUUGCGAAUACUUUGUUUAAUAAUUUACCAUUAACAGAAGAACAGAUUGAGGAGCUAGCGAAUGAUGUGUGUCAUGAUAUUUUCUACGAACCGAAAGCAACGGCAUGUACGAAUAAAUUUUUUGGAAACCGGUACGAAACAAAUACAGAACCUCCCUCUGUGCAAGUGAAAUGCAGGGCAGAACAAAAACUCACCUUCGCAGUGCCACAGUCUAAAGAUUGGCAGCUCGUGGUUUUAAUACCUGAAGAAGUUGACAUGAUGGAGUAUUUUAUAUUCAAUGCGAUGGAACCUGCAAGAGAAAUUGGGUCUAUUUAUACACCACCUGGGCCUUUUACACUUUGGUCGGCACUGGUAAAUGAUUUAGGGAGUCCCUCUGUUUGGAAGAAGAGUUCCAUAUUAGAAGCCUGGAAUGAAACAGUUGCUGACAAUCAGGAAAGGAAUUAUGAAGUUAAUUAUACAUUUUUAUUUGACAAUUUUGACAAUACUACGGCGGAUCUUGACGUGAAAUUAACAUGGAAUGCCACGGAUCCAAGUGAUUCCUGCUUCGAGGUUUACAAUCGUUGCAACAGUAAGACACUUGGGAACGUAUUGCAUAGGAGUAUAGGGCCAGACAAGAGCAAAUCUUUAAUAGCAACAGUGCCGCUGGAUGAUAAAUGCACAAUACUAGUGAAGGGGAAAUAUGGAACUACGAAAUUUGAAUAUCAAACUCCGUCAUGUUAUGACCUACCGGGAUGCAAGUAUUUGCCUGAAAAACCGGAAAAUGUAACAUUAACGGCUAAACGAAAUGGUGAUUCCUGGCUUGUUAGUGUCAAGUGGAAGCCGCCGAAAUUCCCUCCCGCCUACUACAAUGUAACACUUCGAGCGGAUAAAGUAUACACUAUAAACGCGUCAUAUUUGUCAUCUGAAGCUAACUUUAUGAAUGUAACUGGCAGAGGAUAUUAUAAUGUAACGGUAGAUGCAAUUAACAAAAUUGGCCACGCUCUUACAUUCCGGAGAAGUAUAUUUCCGCCCGUUGAAGAGAAUGCGUCAUUGAGUUUGUUGAUUGGCGCGUGGGCUGAACUUAUCGUGAUAUCAACAAUAAUCGCAACGUUUUCUGUCUGGUGGAAGCGACGACGCGACACUAAGAAGAGGAACAUGUAUUUUCCGGGCGUUAGGGAAAAAGGUUUAAAAGACGGCGAGUUGGAGAUCUGUUGCGUAGAAUCCGGCUCUGAGGAGCAGUGGGAAGUGAAGCCUGAACGCCUGCUCCUUCAUGAGGUUAUUGGCGAAGGCGCUUUCGGAGUUGUGAGAAGAGGAACCCUGUCUCCUGAGGAUAAGAUUGUGGCUGUGAAAAUGCUGAAAGAUUUUCCCUCAGUAGAAGAGAUCAGGUCGUUCAGAGCUGAGAUGGAAUUGAUGAAGAGUGUGGGGAGUCAUCCGCACGUUGUGAGUCUAGUGGGUUGCUUCAGGGGACGGAAACCCUUCAUCAUUGCGGAGUACUGCAGCAGGGGAGAUUUGCUUACUUUUCUUCGAUGCUCCUGGGACUUAAUGGUAACUCGCCGCAAUGCAAACUACAACAACAAUGAAGAACAGGAUUAUCGAGACAUCAAAACCAAGGAUUCCCAGCUCGUAAUUAACAGACUUUACGAUCUACAGGGAAUUUGCGACACGGAACUAACAGUUCUAGAUCUCCUUUCCUUCUGUAGACAAAUCGCUAUGGGCAUGGAGUUUCUGGCCUCGAAUCGAGUAGUUCACAGGGAUCUGGCAGCGAGAAAUAUCCUGGUAACUGCGGAUAGGACCCUGAAAAUAGCAGAUUUUGGGCUUUCAAGAGACGUGUACCAAGAAAACCAGUAUAAACAGAAGGGUAACGGAAAGAUGCCGGUAAAAUGGAUGGCUUUAGAGUCACUCACGCAUAGGAUUUAUACAACCUUGAGUGAUGUUUGGUCAUUCGGUGUGGUAAUGUGGGAGAUUGUGACCGUGGGCGGUGCCCCAUACCCGUCAGUGGGUGCUGCCCGACUGCCUCGGUUGCUUCGAGCCGGGUACCGCAUGCCCAGGCCUUCUAAUUGUUCGGCUCAACUCUAUGAGUUAAUGCUAUCCUGUUGGAAUGAGCGCCCCCGAUCUCGUCCUACAUUCACGGAGCUGCAUCGAGCAUUGGAUGGUUUAUUAUGCGCCAGCGCACACCACUACCUCGAUUUACAACUUCCGCCGGAACCGGCGUAUCCGCGACCUACGACACAAAGAUACGUACGGAUGAUUAUGCGAGGCAAGUGGCCGUGGACGAACCGCUACCAACGUUCUCUCACAACCAAAUACGCUUCAGCUGUAAAUAAUUAACUAACGACUUCAAAUACAAUAUAGCUUUGACAAAUUGACACAAAUCCCCUUGACGAAAGGUGUUACUGCGUUCAUGUGCGUCCAAAUCUAAGAAAAUUGGUUCAAAAGACACUUACUUAAGACUCCCGAAUAUCAUCCUAAUGAAAAAGUGGAAAUAUUUUUUACAAAUUUAAUAGUUUUACUUGCCUUACAGCAUUUAAUUUAAAAUUAUUGUCUAUUAAUAUUUGUUGUGUAUUUCGCAGCCAACCAGCUUAAUUAGCCCUUUAAUUUUAAUAGCGCCGUUUAGUUAAACGGCUAGGUGAUUAACUAACGGCCUGAAAGAUAUUCAGCCAUAGCGUUUGCUACAUUUAAUAAACUAAUGCUUAGGCCAUACGAUAGAGUUAUUAUUUGGCAGAAAUAAAAAAAAAUAGUAUGUGUACUUAUUUACCGUUACUUGGUUUGGACCAAGCUCGCUGCAUAUCACAUUAAUCGCAUAACUUCAGUCAUACGUCAUACGCCUUAAACCCACUGAAAAUCAAUUAACGUUUAACACUGUUUUAACUAAGGCGUACGUUUAUUUAAAAAUAUGUAUAUUUGUAUUUGAUUGUACAUAGGCAGUUUUAAAGUAUUAAUUAAAAUGUUCCUAUGAUCUCGGUGUAUUAAUAAGGUUAUAUUUUUAUACUGCGUAGUUAUAAGAAUUGACUAUUACAAACAAACUAAUAAGACUAUUUUUAUAUAUUUUGUAUUGACUAAUUUGAUAAAAUAUAGUUUAAGUUAUUCUGU